ACAUCGGGGCGCUCCCAGGGGGGCGCGCACGCCAGACCGCAGCACGGCGCGCAUAUUUGAAUUGCGCCUUGCGCGGCCGCGCGCCGCGCUGAAGCAAGGCAGCUCGCAGCGCACGCCAUGCGUGUCGGGUCACGUGCACGGCGGCCGUGGGAACGCUUCUCACCUCGCCGGUCCUCCUGCUCCUCCAGCCGAUGCAGGGCUCGGUCAGGGUGCAGCGUACCAGUCCAGAGCGAGAUCGCCGAGGUCACGACGGCCGAGGCCGAAGCAGCGCAGAUCUUGAGCGGAGAUCCUGCCGCUGUCGCUCGCGCGCGAGGAGGUCCAGGCUGUGAGGCCUGUCGCGCCGCUGCUGCUCCGUCCGAAGCCUUCUCCACGCAACUCCCAUCAGCCUCUGAGGCUAACCUGAGCUCCCAGUCAUCGCCAAGCAGCACGGUCCGGAGCUAUGCCUCGUCGUCAGACGUGGCGCAGCGGCGCCCAUCGCCUCGCUGACGGCUGCGCUCCGACGGCUGUGCUGCAGAGAGCAAGCGGCGGCGCGGCGUGGCGGAUCCUGCGUCCGAUGCGCCUCGGCCACUCGGCUCCGGCACGCUUGCGGCCCGACGAGCACUUUCCAGGUAGACGCCCACAUCCGUGUCGCACGUGCAGAGAUUUUGCAGCGCAACGAGAGGGAGAUGGAGAGGUAAUGAAGAGGUGCUG